UGGAGAGAGAGAGAGGAAGAGAGAGAGAGAGAGAUGGAUAAUGGGAUCGAAGGAGUGAGAGUGAGGAGUAGAGAGAAACAGACAGAGUGAGAGACAGAGUUGGGGUACACCUGACCUUAAGAGGGGAGGGGAGGGGAGCUCCUUUGCUUGCCACACACCCAAACAUACACACACACACACACACACACACACAAGCACACAUACACACACACAAACGCACACACACAUAGACAGUGCUAGCAGGCAGAGGCAGUGAGCCAGCCAGCAGAGAGCCUGCCGACCAGCAGCCAUGACAGACACCGACUCUCUGAGUGAGGCACUAAAGGCUAUCAGUGUCAGCACAGAGUUGAUUGAAGAGGAGCUCAAGCCUCAUUUGGACACGGUGCUGACUUCUCUGCUGGAAAAGAAGAAAGAUGCUGCUGUUGACAUUGCCAAAAGUGGGAUUCUUCCCACGCUGGCUCAGGCCUUACAGAGGAAAAGCAGCCUGACCUGCCAGGUGGCUCUGGUGGUGGCAGAGAUGGCCCGUGAAGCUGCGGUCAGGGAGCCGUGCAUUGAGGCAGGCCUGGUGAAGGUGCUGGUUCCCCAUCUGAACAGCAAUAACCCGGAGAUGCUGCUGAACACUGGCCGGGCCAUCGGGCGCAUCUGCUUUGACAACUCGUACCAACAGGACCAGUUAGUCCAGAGCGGUGUCAUCCCCAGACUGGUGUCCAUAAUGAGGGAGUAUCCAGAGAAUGACCCACUGGUGAAUGUCUGCCUGCUGGCCCUCUGUAACCUGGCUGACAUGGACUCUGCGAGAGAAGCCCUGGCAGAGCAGGACGUGGCAGAUGUGCUGACGUUUCAGCUGAAACGGGCGCCUGAUGCCGAACGCCGACAUGUCAUCCUGGAGAUACUGGGCGCACUGGGCGAGAGUGAUGCACUGAAGCUGCAGUUUGCAGAGUCAGGAGUACCAGAGGCUUUAUCAGAGAUGAUCCGGGGCCUGCAGGGAGGUUCUGACCCCCAUGACCUCUGCAGCAUCAAGAUCGCCUCCAACCUCAUAGUGUCCCUGCUUUUAGGAGAUGAGUCCAUGCAGAAGUGUUUUGGUGAGGGGUCAGGACUGGUGUAUCAGGAUGUCCUGUCCUGGCUGCAGAGCUCCAACACUCAGCUGCAGCUGUCUGGAGCUUUGGCCAUCGCCAACUUCGCCAGAAAUGACAGUAACUGUGUGAAGAUGCUGGACCUCGGCGUGGUUCCUCACAUCCUGACUUUGCUGGAGCAACAUGUGGAUGAAGGAGAUGUGUCUGUUCAACACGCUGGACUGAGCGCGCUGAGGAACCUGGCCAUUCCUGCCACUAACAAAGUGCGGAUGCUGGAGGACGGGGUGACUGAGAGGAUAAAGACCCUGCUGCGCUCUGACAUGCCGCCGGUUCAGUUCAAACUGCUGGGUACACUGCGCAUGAUGGUGGAUGGACAAGAGGAGGCAGCCUUAGUGCUGGGGAGAGAUGCUGUGCUGCUGGCUCGGGUCAUGGAGUGGUGCGAGGCCAAAGACCACGCGGGAGUCCGAGGAGAAGCCAGUCGCUUACUGGCUGCCUUCAUCAGACACAGUCGCAGCCCAGAAGUUGUUUGUGCUGUGGCCAAAGCAGAUGGGGUUCGGCACCUUAUCUCCAUGGCAACAAGUGAACAUGUCAUCAUGCAGAAUGAGGCCCUGGUUGCUCUGGCGAUAGCAUCUGCCAUUGACCUUGAGUCGAUGAAGGAUCCCUUUGGGGAGGCGGAGCUGUUGCCCCUGCUAAAGAAGAUGUUGGAGGAUCCUGUGGGGGCGGUCGAAGUCAAGUUCAGUGCUUUAGGUCUCAUCUGCAGUCUGGCUAACUCCAGUGUGAUGAAGGAGGAGUUGAACUCUGUGAACAUGAAGGAGAGCCUCAGUAAACUGACAGAUCAUAGCAGCAGUAAACUUGCCUCACAGGCCAGCUCCAUACUGGCCACCCUCAGUGACACCAGCUAAACCAGCACACUGCAGCAACACAGGAUCUCAUCUGCUGUAUGGAUUUCUCCAGCUUAUUCAAUAACAUGCUCUAAUUCAAAUGAUCUUACUGCACAGAUAUUAUUAAAUAUUCAAUUGGCUUCUAAAAAUGUCACCUGUUUUGUGGCAAUAAUUACUAAUUAAAUACGCAUAUGACUAACACUCUGUGCCCCCAAUAACAGCCCCCGCAAUCUGACAACAUACUGUCAGAUUUCCAGCUCUUAAACCCUGAACAGAAGGAGGGCUGAAGGUGUGAGUGUUGGCCUAAAGGAAAGUGCUUCAUUCAAUCAGCUUCAUGGUAACCUGUCAUCAGAUUGUGAUAUUUCUCAUGUACAAAUGUACAGUAAAUGCAGCGGUGGUGGUGGCGGUAGAGGAAGGGUCAGUGGACUCACCUUCAGGGGACAAUUAUUAUCCAAAGAAACUAUGAAAAAUUACAAUUCAUAGCUUCAAAACUGAUAAUUACAUUUUCCUUUGAAUGACAGUUGACACUGGCACUGAAACAGGAAGGUCAAAGAGGCAACUAAGAUCUGGAUGUGGCAUCAUUCAGAUAGAGGGUCAAACAUAUUCGUACAAAUUAUUUCUACUUAUUGGAUGCAAGAACAGUAUACACUGAAGUUUGCACUGCUUCAAUACUUCAAAGCAACUAUCAGACUUUCAGUUAUGGUAUCUGUUCCUUAAGGAGCUUGUAUCAGUUUGUUUGUUCAGUGUUGUGAACUAAAGAUGAUGUUCUGUGAGACUGAGACUCUGACCGCUACAAGGUUCAGCUGCAAGUAAAUCAUUAAAAGUUCAAGAGUCUCAGGAGAUUCAGAAAUGUACUAUGAUAUUUUGAAAACACUCCCAGAAUAUGAACAAAGAAACAGCAAAAAGUUUAAAACAGUUUUAAAGUUGUGUUUUUGGGCAUUUUGCCUUUGUUGCCGAUUGUUGGGGUGAGAGAGAGACAGGAAAGUCAGGGAGAGAGAGGGGAUAGGCAGCAAAGGGCCAUGGGUCGGAUUGUAGGUAGGACUAAGUCUUUGUGGAACUCCCCCACAAAAAGUGAGUUGAGCUAACAUAGUUCACUUACUACAUUUCCUUCAGAGCUUUCAGCUACAUCUGAUGGCCUUCUGCAGUGGUUGGAGUUUGUCUGCUGUCAUGGAAAUUGUUCACUUGUCAUCAUAUAACCUAAACAUGGAAAACAAAUGUGACUGUGUUAAGUAACUGAAUACAAAGUGUCAACUGCUACAAAACAAGUGACACACUUUAUAAAGUUUCAGGAUUGUGCAGCAAAAUUAUUUGACUGAAAAUUUUGAUUGAUUUUUUCAUUUUAAUGACUCCCGUCACAAAUAAAAUCAUUGGCUGAGAUUGUUGAUAUUAAAGUGAAGGGACGGUGCUUUGGGCUUGUUUUCUCACUCUCCUUCCAAAUCAGUGGGGCCAAGUUUACUUUAAGACUGAGGUAUCUUUGACCUGGUCCAUCACCAGAAUUUUUACAACACAACCAGCUCAUCAACCACCAUCAAAGCACUUUAAAGCAGACUGCCCGGUCUGUAAUUAACCACUGUCAUUCUGAUGAGUACAGCCCAACAAAAUUAAUGGAGCCACGUUAACAAGCAAUAAAUGUGCAUGGCAUGGCCCUGCUGUAGUCCCUGAACCUUUAUGGUAUGCUGGAUGUUGUCUGUCAAAGGGUCCUGAGCUCCUACUGUAAGAACUGUAGGCUGCUGUACAUACGUUGGGGAUGUCUAUCUGAAUGUUUGUAUCAUGUAACUGUGCAAGCAGGAGUAGAGCAAUUUCAAACAUAGUUUAUGUGUAACAAAAUCCAUAAUUGAUAUCUCUAACUGAAGGUGCUUUUUGCAUCUGUACAUGUCAGACUGAAGUGCUCUGAUGUCACAAACAUUGUCAUAUGUGAUGGUUGGUAGAGAUCAGAUAGAUUCACAAAUUUAAGAUGGCUGUGUGGAUGUCAUACUGGCGGUGUGACAAAUAAGAAAACGGUUAACUGACAAUGUUGCAUCAUAUUCUUUAAAUUUAAGUUUAGUUGAAUUGAACAAUGGGCAACGGCUGACAUGAAGCGUCCAAAGCUGUUUGCCUUUUUCAGGCACUUCAGUAAUAUUAAAGGUGCUAUAUGUUUGUUUUUGUACGGCAUUAACAGCUGUUUACUUAAGAGUCCAGAAGAAACGUUGUAUGUUCAGCUUCAAACUUUGUUCCUUUACGCACUAGCGGUGGAAAGCAACACCAGUUUUAAUUUUAGUUUUGUUUCUUUUUCUAGCGCUUCUUUUCUUCCUCUGAAGUUAGCAUGCUAACCAGCUAGCCCCAACCCGUCCCAUCUCAUAAUAUUGUUUUUUUUUUUUUAUGAGUCACUGUAGCAUCCAGCCUGCCCUUAGCUCAGUAUGAGAUGAUUAAGAAAUAAUGCUAACUAAGGCAUCGACGACUGAAGCGCUUUGCAGAGAAAACUUACAUAUUGCACCUUUAAGGGACAAGUCAUAUAAGUCAGAGCUUUCAGAAAAUUCAGUUUGCUGGUUGUAUUUGACAUUCAUGACAUGAAUGCAGCAUUAGGCUUCAUCACACCAGAAUAUAAUGGGUUUGAUGGUGGCAGUACAAUUAGUGGAUACACUCAAUCUGGCAAACCUGUGGUGAGGUGAGCCACGAGCAAACAGUGUUAACUGACUGUGUUAAUCUAAAAGUGGGGCAGCCUCACUGACCAUGAUGAAUAAGCUGUGUGAAAAUCAUUUCAUUUUAAACAGUUAAUCUCUGGCAUAAAAAAAAUCCUGCAUGUCAGACCUGCAUGUCAGCCAGUCCAUCAAGACAACAUUGUAUGUCUGCAUCUGCUAAAUCAAAGUUACAGACCAGACGUUCAUAUUGGUAUUUUCUCAUCUUGGUUCGGUUCAGGCACAAAAAUGACUUGGUUAAUGGUGAAACAUAUAAACAACCUGAGGUCGUGUUUAUAUUAAACCGGAAAAGCCUGGCUGCUGUGCUGAACAUGCAGGAUAACUGAGGAGUUUGUGGGAGAUAAGUCUGAUUGCAAACAGGCAAUUUGCAAACACUUCGUAUUAGUUUCGUCUUAUUUGGAAAUACUGUGACCUGUCAUGAGCUGUUGUUAUGAGCAGGUGAAAUUACUUUUGCAAAGACCAACAGGCCACAGUGUCAGUUCUACAGCAGUUAGAUCACCACUGACUCAGCCUGUGUGUUUAUUUUGAUCUGGAUGUGAUGAUGAUUUGUUGUUGUAUUGUUCCAUUCACAAGCACGUCGUAUCAGCUGUGGUUAUUCUGCUAGCAUUGCUGCAGUGAUGUAGAAAUGCACUUAGGUUAAUGAUAAACAGCUGGAACAGUUGGGUGUGGUUACAGGUGCUACACACCUGAAACUUUUAACCAGAACGGACAAUCAAACACUGCUUUUCAACCUGAUUUUAAGUUUGAGGAUGAUGUGAAUGAGAGUAACAAUGAUAGGCCGGGAGGGUGGUGGGGCUAGAACCUUCACUCUAAAGGUAACUUCCUGUUGUAUGUUAUUUUCCAUCUGACAGAGGAGUCCUAUAGAAGCACAAUGUGAAGAAGCGACACACACACACACGUAGAACUGCAACCAUUAAACAUUUGUAUAUACAAUAAUUCCACUACUACACCUGUACAACCGUGCCCUCAGCACUUCAGUGUGCGUUUAUAGUUCAGUCAUCAGGGGAGGGGAGAGCAUGUUUGUUCUAGACAAUACAAUGUGAAAAAAUCUGUCAAUGGACAAAUGGAAACAGCUUUGCUGUAAUGUUUCAUGUAAUAUCUGUAUUGACAUAUAUUCUGUGUACAUAACUAGAUAUCAUUUAACAUUUGUGGACAAAUCUGUAUAUUUUUCAGGGAGGGCAGGGAGUUUUGUUUUAGAGAGAGCAGAAUAAAGUUAAGCAAUGUCUUCCCCCAAA